AUGUCCUCAGAUACAGAAGCCAUGGGGCUGAACACUUUCGUGAAAAUAGAGUCAGAAAAGAGCGACCUCGUUGACUGGGAGGGUCCCAAUGACCCGGAAAACCCCCGAAACUGGAAAAAUGGACGCAAGCUGCAACAUGUCCUCCUUGUCAGCGGCUUCACUCUGUACUCAAACCUUGCCGCAGUCAUGUUCGCUCCCGGGGCUGCAGAGCUCGUCAAGGACUUUCACGUCACCAGCACCAUCGUCGCCUCCUUCACUGUAUCCAUCUAUCUUCUGGGUUACGUGUUUGGUCCUUUUCUGCUUUCCUCCAUGUCCGAAAUAUACGGCCGUUUGAUCAUCUACCAUAUCAGUAAUGUUGGCUAUCUCGCAUUUACAAUCGGCUGCGCACUAAGCAAAGAUACGGCUAUGUUUAUGGCGGGCUUAAUCUCCUUGCUUGCCCUUGUCCUAAUGCGGGAAACCUUCGAGCCAGCUAUCCUCGAGCGCAAGGCAGCUGCUAUACGCAAGUCCACUGGCAACAAUCAGCUACAGGCUCGAACCUACAACAAAGACCGUACACCAGCCCAGAUCUUUACACGCGCUACAGUGCGACCCCUUAAGAUGUUACUAUCACCUAUCAUCCUCCCGCUCUCUCUCUAUUGCGCCUUUAUGUUCGGUCUUAUCUACCUUCUUUUCACUACUUUCCCUGCCGUGUUCGAAACAACAUACCACUUCGCUACCGACAUCUCUGGUCUUGCAUAUCUCGGUCUUGGUGUGGGUAUGAUAAUCAGCAUUGGGCUGUUCGCGGUGCUCAGCGACAAGCUACUCAAGCAGCCGCGUGAGGGAACUCUCGAGCGACCGGAGCUACGUCUCAUCCUUAUGAUCUGGUCAUCACCUAUUGUCCCCAUCGGCUUCUUCUGGUACGGAUGGAGUGCUGAAAAGGUAACUCAUUGGAUUGUCCCAAUCCUAGGUACCAUGUUCAUUGGCCUCGGUGCCUUCCUGAUCCUUAUGCCCGCCCAGCUCUACCUUGUUGAUGCAUUUGGCUCUGAGGCAGCCGCAUCCGCCCUUGCUACAAACACCGUUUUGCGCAGUCUGUUUGGUGCCUUGUUACCACUUGCAGGACCGCCUAUGUACGCGUCUCUGGGUCUUGGUUGGGGAAACAGCCUGCUGGCUUUCAUCGGCUUAGCGUUCGCUCCUCUUCCGUUGCUCUUUUACAAAUACGGCGAGACACUGAGAACCAGAUUUCCUAUUAGCUAA